AUGAGCACGGUUAAUCAUUCUCUGAAAUGGGUUAUUUUAGACAGCAUUCAAAAAUGCAAAAAGUUGGAAACUUUCAAGAAAAUCCAUGCACAUUUGAUAACAUCAGGGGUUGUCUCUAACCACUUAGUCGUCAACAGGGUUGUUGAGUUUUUUGCAAAAGGAGGCAACUUUGCUGAUUAUGCAUGUGAUUUUUUGAGUCACUGUGAUUGGAAAGUAAGCUCCUUUCCAUAUAAUUCAUUGGUUUCUGGUUAUGCUAUUUGUGAUAGGCCCAAGACUGCAAUUUUGGUUUAUAGAAGGAUUGUGAAAGAUGGGUUUUUGCCUGACAUGUUUACUUUUCCUGCUGUUUUGAAAUCAUGUGCUAAGUUUGUGGGGUUUGGUGAGGGUAGGCAGGUUCAUGGGGUGAUUGUUAAGAUGGGUUUUGCGAGUUGUAUCUAUGUUGAAAAUUCUCUUGUUCAUUUUUAUAGUGUUUGUGGGAGUUUUGGUGAUGCUAGCAGAGUGUUUGAUGAGAUGCUUGUGAGAGAUGUGGUAUCUUGGACUGGUGUUAUUUCUGGGUAUGUGAGAGCAGGCUUCUUUGAUGAGGCCGUAGGUUUGUUUUUGAGGAUGGAUGUUGAGCCAAAUGGUGCAACUUUUGUUAGUGCGUUAGUUGCUUGUGGGAGAAAGGGGUAUUUGAGUGUAGGGAAGGGGAUUCAUGGCUUGGUUAUUAAGCGAGCGUUUGGAGUAGGUUUGGAAGUUAACAAUGUUCUCAUGGAUAUGUAUGUGAAGUGCGAGUCUUUGCCUGAUGCGAAACAAGUAUUCGAUGAGCUUGCUGAGAAGGACAUUGUUUCUUGGACCAGUAUUAUUAGUGGAUUGGUGCAAUCCAAAUGUCCCAAGGAGGCUUUGGAGUUGUUUUGUGAUAUGCAAAGCUCUGUUAUUGAGCCUGAUGGGAUUAUACUUACCAGUGUGCUUUCAGCCUGUGCCAGUCUUGGAGCUCUUGAUUAUGGCAGAUGGGUUCAUGAGUAUAUUGACCGUAAGGCCAUCAAAUGGGACAUUCAAAUUGGAACUGCUAUGCUUGACAUGUAUGCAAAGUGUGGCUGUAUAGAGAUGGCAACGCAGAUCUUCAAUGGAAUGCCUCAUAAGAAUGUUUUGACAUGGAAUGCAUUGCUGAAUGGCUUUGCUAUGCAUGGUCAUGGCCAGAAGGUGCUUAAACUUUUCGAAGAGAUGAGAAGGGUAGGCAUGAAGCCAAAUGAGGUGACAUUUCUAGCCAUUUUGACAGCCUGCUGCCACUGUGGCUUGGUCAAUGAAGGGCGUCAGUACUUUCAUUGGAUGAAAAGUCAGCAAUAUAAUCUUCCUCCGAGGUUAGAACACUACGGAUGCAUGGUGGACUUGCUUUGUAGGGCUGGACUCUUGGAUGAGGCAUUAGAAUUGACAAAGGCUAUGGACAUGCCACCUGAUGUUCGGAUAAUGGGAGCUCUUCUUAGUGCUUGCAAGGCAAAUGGAAAUGUGGAACUCCCCCAAGAAAUGUUAGACCACCUUGUAGAGUUUGACUCUCAUGAUAGUGGGGUUUAUGUGCUCCUCUCUAAUAUACAUGCUAUCAAUCAAAGAUGGGCUGAUGUAACAAGAAUAAGGAGAUUGAUGAAGGAGAAAGGUAUCAAAAAACCCCCUGGGUUAAGUGUUAUAGAGGUGGAUGGCAAGGCUCAUGAAUUUAUUGUUGGAGGUACAAGACAUCCUCAAGACAAGCACAUUCGUUUACUGUUAAAAUUCCUGUCAGAUCAAAUCUUUCCUGAAGAACAUCUUGAACAGCCAUUCUUGAUAUAA